UAGAGUAUGACAUUGAAUGAAUGGAUUCAAAGCCAACUGGAAAAUUAAAUUUGUUUACUAACGUAAAUAGAUGAUCUUUUUGAAAUAAGAACCCAGAAUUAAAUACAUAUUACUAUAAUGCAAUAUUACUAUAAGUUAUAACUUCGUGUGAUUUAAAAAUGUUUACAUUUUAAGAGUCGGUAACCUCAACGAAAUGGCAUCAACGCCCUUUCGUAGAUUGCUUCAUUGGGGACCACUGUCGGUGUUUGGUAUAAUAAAACUAAUAACAUGGGCAAUGGUCCAUCUGCUGGGCAUGUGGUGGCCUCCACACUCCUCACUGGCGGCAGCUCUGCACGCUGCACUGUUCUUGACUCUGGCUGGUUCUACAUUGUACUUCUUCCUACAGUCACUACUUGAAGGUCCCGGGUUUGUUCCAUUGGGUUGGAAACCGGAGAAUGAAGAGGACACACAUAAUUUACAGUUCUGCACAGUCUGUAAUGGAUUCAAAGCACCAAGGUCGCAUCACUGUAGGAAAUGUGGAUACUGUGUGAAAAAGAUGGACCACCACUGUCCCUGGAUCAACUGCUGUGUGGGUCAUAACAACCACGGGUACUUCACACUCUUCCUUAUAUCUGCUGUGCUGGGAUGCUUCCAUGCUUCAGUUGUGCUAACAAUCUGCAUGUACCACGCAAUAAACCGCGUGUGGUACGUGCACAACGGCACGGGCCGCGAGCCCAUGAUCUACCUCACCCUCACCACGCUGCUGCUCACCCUGCUCGCCAUAGGCAUGGCUGUCGGCGUCGUCUUAGCUGUAGGAGUACUUUUGUAUUUACAACUUCGCGGGAUAUUCCGCAACCAGACUACGAUAGAAGACUGGAUAGUAGAAAAGGCGCAGGGUAGAAGGGAGGAACAAGGUCUGCCAGAAUUUGUGUUCCCCUACAACCUGGGCUGGAGGAACAAUGUCCAGCUCAUACUGCAGGGAUCUAAGUUUGAUGGUAUCAAGUGGCCUUUACGGGAAGGAUGUGGGGAGUACGAUCUGACGCGCGAGCAACAAGCGCAGAAGCAGGACAAGCGCGUCUGGUCGCGUCAGUACCGCGCGGUGUCGGCGUACUCGGGGCGCUGGCUGCCCGCGUCGCGGCCGCGCGCCGCCUGCGCCGCGCCCUGCACCGACGAGCCCCGACUGCCUUUACAGCCCGGGGACCUCAUCCGCGCUACAAGGCAGAGAAAGCACUGGUUAUUCGGCGAGAAGUUAGUGGGUGACGGUGAGAAUACCCGGGGUCCGCGGGGCUGGUUCCCGCGCGACGCGGCCGUACCCUGCGACUACUUGCACAAACCCAAGCCGGACUAGCUGACGCUGACACCCAGCUUCUGGACAGACAGACUGGUAUGACUUAUGUAUAGACUAGGAUUAGUCAGUAAAUGGAGUGUUAAAAACAGACUUGAUUACCUGAAUCCAAUGUUAAUAUGCUUAAAGGUAAAGUGUAUAAAUAUUUUUUUUAUUUUAAGAGUUCUUGUUUAUUUUUGUGUGGUAGUGCGGCUAACGAGCAGAGAUUACCUCGAUGGUAUCUAUUCAGUGCCACUCAUGGACACCCGCAAGAACAGAGGGGAUACGAGUGCGUGGCCGACCUUUUUGGGGAUUAGGGAUUGGGAAGAGGAAGGAUUGGCCCUCGGGUAACCUCACUCGCACGGCGAGACAACGCUGUGGUUGUUUCACCCCGGUUUUCUGUGCGGCCGUGGUAUCGCUCUGGACGAGCACAAAUUAAAUUCUAAAUUUUAAAAAAUCACUAUACAUCAUCAAACUCGAAUGUCAAUUUUCUGUAUGCGAGCACUCCAUUUAUUGACAUAUCUGUAAUUAAAUAAAUUAUGGAUCAUGUUAAACAUGAAUAUUAGUGUAUGAAUUAUAUUGUAAGGAAUCAGUCAUUAUAACGCUAAGUAAGGUUGCUAUACAUAAUAUACAAGUUGCAAGUAUUAUAGGCAGGCCUAAAGAGUUGUCACACAUUCAAUAUUGUAUGGAAAUUGAAAUGUCUUUGUGUAAUAAAUAACGUGAGAGAUACUA